GGCAUUUGAUGUUUUGGAAGCAGACGCUCGGGUGACUUCGGCAUUUUAUACAGUUACAAAACGAAUCAAUGUCAUGUUUGGGUAAUACGUAUGACAGGAAAGUUUCGUUUCUUUGGUGGAUUAUGAGAGGUAUCAUAUUCGUAGUUUAUCUUUUUUAGAGUGAAUAAAUGUUUGGAAAAGAUGGCGCGUCCUCUGAAUAACUUUGGUCUAGCUAUGUCACUUUUAGGAAUGUUGUUCUCUGCACUUCCAAAUGGAAAAGCCAAGGCUAUAGUUAAAGAGGAGGAGAGGUCUUGUCAAGGAGCGUUCGACUUGUAUUUUGUCCUCGACAAAUCUGGAAGUGUCAAAAAUCAUUGGAUUGAAAUCUAUUCAUUUGUGGAACAUCUAGCAGAGAAAUUUAUAAGCCCAAUGCUAAGGAUGUCCUUUAUUGUUUUCUCUACAAAAGGAAAUAUCAUCAUGAGACUAACUGAGAAUAGGGAUGACAUUACCAAAGGCCUAAAGAAGCUGAAGAAAGACGUACCCGGAGGUGACACAUUUUUGAAUCUUGGGUUACAGAAGGCAAAUGAGCAAAUAUAUCAUGGAAAUUAUGGGACAGCAAGUGUUAUAAUUGCUUUGACGGAUGGAGAGUUAAAUAAAAAUCAGUUCAUCACAGCCCAGCAAGAGGCAGCAAGAGCCAGGUCUCUGGGAGCCAUAGUGUAUUGUGUGGGGGUGAAAGAUUUCAAUCAGACACAGCUGGCCACUAUUGCAGACACCAUUGAUCAUGUGUUCCCUGUUGUGGGAGGCUUCCAGGCCCUGGGGGGAAUAAUCGAUUCAAUUAUCAAAAAGUCUUGCAUUGAGAUUUUAGCUGCUGAGCCAUCAAGCGUGUGCGCUGGAGGUAGGAGUAUCAGCACAGAGUUAUUCCAGGUAGUUGUGAAGGGAAAUGGAUUUUUGCAUGCCAGAAAUAUCAAUCAAGUGCUGUGCAGCUUCAAAGUCAAUGACACACUCACUGUGGAUGAGAAACCUGUAAACAUUGAAGACACAUUAGUACUUUGCCCAGCACCAGUUAUAAAGGAAGUUGGAAAGGUGAUAUAUCUUCAGGUCAGCAUGAAUGAGGGCUUGUCCUACAUCACUAGCACAGUGCACAUCACCACCACAGAAUGUUUUAAUGGUACCAUCCUCCUCCUUGCAUUGCUUGUGAUCUUCCUGCUCGUGGGCCUGCUGUUCAUGUGGUGGUUCUGGCCUCUGUGCUGCACUGUGGUCAUCAAAGAGCCACCCCCACACCCACCACCUGCACAUGACUCUGAUGAUGAGAAUGGGAUGCCAAAGAAGAAAUGGCCUACAGUGAAUGCCUCAUACUAUGGUGGCAGAGGGGUUGGAGGCAUUAAAAGAAUGGAGGUACACUGGGGGGACAAGGGCUCUACCGAGGAAGGCGCUAAGCUGGAGAAGCCCAAGAAUGCAGUUGUGAAGAUGCCUGAGCAGGAGUUUGAGCCCUGUGAGGCCAAACCCAGGAGGCCUGCUGGAUGCCAGCCUGUGCCGCAGAGGAGAUGGUACACUCCCAUCCAGAGAAAACUGAACACACUGUGGGCUCUGUUCUGCCGUGGAUACAACCAGGUGUCACUCAUGAGGCCCCAGCCUGGAGAUCAGGGGCGAUGCAUCAACUUUACACGGGUGAAAGAGGGGACGAACAGGUCGCCACCACGCAGCCAGCCUCCACCUCCACCCCCACCAGUGGAUCAGCGGCCCCUGAUGCGACCCACCACCUCAGUCCCUCCCAACAGACCACCCUCCCAUGGACCCUCCAUCAGCCGAUCACCCCAUAGACCCCCACCAGCCCGAGCACCCCCAGGCCCCCCAAGAGGCCCGCUCUUUUGCCCUCCACCCUGCCCUGGGAACCGAUACUGAGAACAAUGCAGAAUCCUAAAUUCCCUGUCUUUGCCAAAUACUAGAAAUGCUGGUAUUUAUCAUCAAGCCACUGGCUUCCACUCUAGAAUUUUAGAUUUGUUGCUGGACGGCAUAAAUAAAGAUGUACAAUUAACUACUGAAAAUUUAAAUUUAAAUGAAAAUUGAUUUUUUUUUCUUUCUUUUAUAGGCUUAUGAAAGUUAAGUGAGGUUUUGUUUAUCAAAUGGAACUUAAUGUGUUAAUGUUUUCUACCAAAAACUAAAAGGUAGAGAAUUCAAACAAGCUGAAAUGCAGGGUUGUCAGCUUACUUCCUGCACUUUAAAGGGAGUAUCCUUAGAACCUCCUUUUUUUACUUGGACAGAUAAAAUAAUUGCAACUGCAGGCCAGUUCUAUCCUCUAAUUUAUUUAGCCUCGAUUUCUUGGAAGGCACUUGAGAAUGGCAGGCUAUUCACUACUGCUCUGGAACACUAUGUAUGUUAUUCUAUUUCAGCUUUCCUCUUCAUUUAAUGAGUGCUAUUUGGGUUUCUGGUACUUCUUCUUCUGCACGUUUUUGCUUUGUACUGUCACUUUUAAUCUUUUAAUGUCCUUUUGUAUACAGUAUGGUAUUAGGCAUUAUGCCUAAUAGGUCUAAUAGGCAUAUUAUACACAAAGGAUUUAGGGAUAAUUUUUACAUAUUAUCCUAAUAUCCCUUCUAUAGAACCAUAGCUUCCAUUUAGAACUAAAAACAUGUCAUUAAAAUAAUGUUAGUAUGUAAAAUAAGGCAUAUAAUAACCUCCAAACUAAAGUGCUUCUUAUUUGACACUCACUAACAUGAAAAACUAAUGAAAUAGAAUUUCUUAAAACAUUUUUGUAAACCUAAUGUAUAAAGUCAUAUAUAUCUUUUGCACCUUAUAUUUCAAAAUGACCUGGGUCAUGCCCUGCUCUUGGCCUGCACAGCAGGGGUGUUCUCUGUUGCAAGCUCAGGGUCAUGUGGGAAGUGUGUCCUGUGCUGGGUCUCACCCUCCUCUUCCCCACAGUCCUACUCCCUGCUCUGAUCUUCCUCCCCUUUCACACCCACUUCCUGCAUGACUGAUAGACUAGCCCUUUCAUCCAAACAGUGCCCAAAACGGCAAAAAUACGCUCCAGUUUCCCUUCACCUAGCCCAAUGAGGUUGAAUAAUGAACAGGUUAGGCACAGGUUUAAAGGUUGUGUUUGCAUUAAGCCACAUAUUUUGACUGGAGAUAUAUGUGGAUUAUUUACCCAGUCAGUACUGCCCUGUAACCACUGAUUUCCUGGUUUGCAUCAGGCCUAUAUUUACUUCAGCUUCUGUCUCUCUAUGCUUCUUGGUACCAAACCUGUCAUGUCAGUUCAUAAAUAAAUUGCACUAGCAACUUUA